UCUUUACGAUUUCGGAGGGAUUCCCCGUCGGAAUAAUAACAAUAAAUAUUCAGCGUAUAUAUUCGUGUACAUUCAUUCAGCGUUGAGUGCUAAAAUAGCUGUUCUUGAGACGCCUUCUUUAUCAGAUAUAAAAUAGGCAAAAUUCAGUUAGUGCCACUAACAUAAUUCCAUACACAACAAGUGGAUUCAGGGCAAUAUGGGCGAUAGAGAAAUACUAGCCAAAACAGUUUAUGCUGAAGCUAGAGGAGAACCAGAGAAAGGAUGGGAGAGUGUAGCAUGGGUCAUCAAGAAUAGAGCGAAUGCCAAUCGUGAAUACUGGGGAGGAAGCAAUAUCGGAAAUGUUUGUCUUAAGGACAGGCAGUUCGAGUGUUGGAACGGUAAAAAAGAUAUUCAUAUCGAUGACCCUGCAACUUACGCAAGAAUCAAGAGGAUGACUGAUAGAAUAUUUGAUGAACCAAUGAGGAACGAUCCUACAGGAGGAUGUGAUCAUUAUAACAACCCCAAGAAAGAGGGAUACCCUGCCUGGACAAGAAACUGCGAUCGUGUAAUGAAAGUUGGAAACCAUGUUUUCUACAAGCAGAAAUGAAUUAUCAACUCUGGAAAACCCAUGGUGUAAAAUCUAACAGAGGAGGAGGUGAAAUCUGAUACACUGUAUAUAGAGUAUCAGAUUUCAUCUCAUCUCUGUUUGAAAUUAUAUUUCGUGAAUGUAUCAAAUAAUGAAUAUAUAUUGAGUUGAUAACGAAUUUGGUAGUAUAAAUAUUUUGAUGUUAAAAUAUAUAGAUUAUCUAUUCCAUACCA